UGCGGUUAAAUUUUAAAGUCUCAAAUAUAAACAAUUUUAUUUCGGAUAAAAUAUUCCUGAUAAAGUAACCACAAUAUUUGAUUCAAGCUCGAUAUAUUUUAUGAACUUCAUUAGAUUGAGACAACGAGAACCUCCAACUGCUGAAAAUGUCGUCAACCCUGGAGGCCUCAUCAAGUUCCACCGAGAGUAGCCCGGAGAGUCCCUUGAAAUCACCUCUCCAUCCCGAAUACAAAAUCGUCUUCUUCGACCUAGAGACAACAGGACUAGAGCCCAACUGUGAGAUUCUCCAAAUAGCAGCUAAAUAUGGAUCGAGAAUGUAUCGUACUUACAUCCUUCCCACCGGACCCAUUCCUCAGAUUGUUAAAGACAUCACAGGAAUUGACAUGAAGAACAACAAAAUGUACGUUCGUGGUCGUCCAGUCACUGCUGUUCCCAAAUCAACAGCACUUUACACAUUUAUAGCAUUUCUGAAAUCUCUCGGUGGAAAAAUCAUUCUAGUCGCCCACAACUGCUUCAAGUUUGAUGGGCCAUUGCUGACUGCAAUUGUCUAUCGAGAGAAGAAGAUGACAGAGUUCCAGGAGAUGGUGAUUGGGUUCUCCGAUACUCUUCCAUUGUUCAGGGAAUAUUUACCAGGACGUCGGGAGAUUGGAAGGACUUAUGGAUUGAAGUCACUGGCUGAUGAAUUCUUGGGGGAAUCUGCUGGAGCCCAUGACGCUAUGAAUGACACCUGCAUGCUGGAACAGCUCAUCAUGCGGGACAAUAUUCCUAUCAAUGUGGAUGAUAUAAUUUUCUCUUAUGAAGGGGUUGAUGUCGUGAGUCGCAUGUUCCAUAAGAAUUGGAGGCGUUAUUGUCGCUCUCCGGAGACCUGGGAUACUUGGAAAUUAUGAAGAUAUCAUUUAGAGAAAGAAAAGUUAUUUUGAAAAAUUAUUAAAAAAGAUCUUGUCCUCGUACGACAAACGGCAGACGACAGAAAAAUCCGGAGGAAUAAUCGUAUUGAGUAUUAAAUACUCAAAUCAUUAGGUAAUCCCACAGAUGUUAAUUGCUAAAAAGUUUAUCACCUAGAAAAAUCCUCUCUCAUUUUCCCUCAAAUCACUAGUUUUCCGGAUAGUCUAAUCUGAGAAUGGCACGUCGACAAUUAACUUAUUACCACAUAAAUAAGCAUUCGCUGGAUAGAUAUGAAAUUUUUCGAGUUGAUAAGGAGAAUUUCCGGGUGGGGAUCACUCCUACGCGUGAAAGAUUUCAAUGACGCCCGUGUAUCACGAUUAUUAUGUUUUCCAAAAGAAAACCUUUGUUAAAUAAAAAAAUAUGUGUACACGCAAUAUUCCACUUCGCAUGAUAAUUUAUCCAAAAAACGUGGGAAUUUUCCAUACCGUUAUGAAGAAACUUCAUAACUUUAAUUUAUGGUCAAUCAGGAUUUAUAAGUCUGACAUAAAGUCAUGGAUUCUUCGAUAACAUCUCCUUUAUUUGUUUAUUCUUAUUUGUCUCUCGUCUAUUUAUUAUUUAUUAUUCUAUAAGACAUUUUUAUGGCGACAUUUUCUGUUUUCAAAUUAAAUUGAAGUGAAAUAAUAACAGACUGCGAUAAUAAAAUGGUUGUGGAGAUAGAAAUUACUUCAAUUUAUUUAUCGAGAUGUAAUAUUGACAGAUUGGAACAAUUCCAUGUGAAUUUGCGUCAAUUAAAAAUUGAAUAAUAACAAUCAAGUCAAUCAAUAUAUGAUAAAAAUCGAAUAUGAUCUAAGAUGCAUCAAAUAGAGACAAAUAGAAAAUAUAAAAC